ACACGCUCCCUCCAUCCCCUCCCCAUCCAAGAAUAUCGCGUCCCGCAUCGCGAUAUUUCUUCAGGAGAUUUCCUUCACGCGAAAAUCACCUGCGCACCUCUUUUCUCUCCCUUUUCCGUGGCUUCGUGACGUUCCGGGACCCCAGGUCGCCGGCGCCCUCGUGGCAAGGGCUGCCCAAGGCCUCAGCCGGCCAGCUGCUUCCACACCACCUUCGUUUCAUCGUCGCUUCGUUCGAAUUAGACUUUGAGUCGUCGAGUCCGCCAGUCUCUUCAGUUUUUGCGCUUUAACGACCUCACUUCUUUCGUUAUUGCCAGGUCCGCGCUGGUUCUUCCCGACCCGUCGAAUCCGAAUCCCGACGUGCUUUCGCAACAACCACCACCACGAUGUCGAACGUUUUCUUUCCUUUCUCCAAGGCGCCUUUGCGCACCAUCAAGGAGAUUCAGUUUGGUCUUUUCUCUCCCGAGGAAAUAAAACGCAUGAGUGUGGUCCAUGUGGAAUAUCCUGAGACUAUGGACGAACAACGCCAGCGCCCUCGGACAAAGGGUAUCAAUGACCCACGCCUGGGCACCAUCGACCGCCAAUACAACUGUGAGACUUGCGAAGAGGGACCCAAGGAGUGCCCUGGUCACUUCGGCCACAUCGAACUUGCUUCCCCGGUGUUUCACAUUGGUUUCUUAACAAAGAUUAAGAAGCUUCUGGAGACAGUCUGCCACAAUUGUGGAAAGAUCAAGGCCAACACGUCUGAUUCUAAGUUCUUGGAAGCCCUUCGUAUGCGAGACCCGAAACGCCGCUUUGACCAUAUUUGGAGACUUUCCAAGGACGUGUUGAUCUGUGAGGCCGACCCAUCCCCGGACGAUGAUGAAUUUGCGAAGGAAUCCCAGAAAGGCCACUUCCACGGUGGCUGCGGUAACGCUCAGCCCACUGUUCGGAAGGAAGGCAUCACUCUUGUGGGCACAUGGAAACCUAGCAAGGCCAUGAUGGAAGACGAGAUGGCACAGCCUGAGAAGAAGGUCAUCACUCCCGCCAUGGCUCUCAACAUUUUCCGAAAUAUCUCCCACGAAGACGUUCGCAUCAUGGGCCUGAGCAACGACUACGCCCGCCCCGAAUGGAUGCUCCUUACCGUUCUUCCUGUCCCGCCUCCCACCGUUCGCCCCAGUGUUAUGAUGGGAGCUACGAGCGGCUCUCGUGGUGAGGAUGAUUUGACCUACAAGCUGGCAGAAAUUGUGCGUGCGAACCAGAAUGUUCAGCGCUGCGAACAGGAGGGUGCCCCGGAGCACGUCAUUCGUGAGUUUGAGUCCUUGCUGCAGUACCACAUCGCCACAUACAUGGACAACGACAUCGCCGGUCAACCGAAGGCUAUGCAGAAAGGAAACAGACCCGUGAAGGCUCUCCGAAGCCGUCUCAAGGGUAAGGAAGGUCGUCUGCGACAAAAUUUGAUGGGAAAGCGUGUCGAUUUCUCGGCUCGUACCGUCAUUACUGGUGAUCCUAACCUGUCACUGGAGGAGGUCGGAGUGCCCUACUCGACCGCGAAGAUUUUGACUUACCCGGAGGUGGUGACUCCGUACAAUAUUGAAAAGCUGCAGUACUUGGUGUCCAAUGGGCCCAACGUUCACCCCGGUGCCCGCUACAUCGUGCGUGACAACGGCGAGCGAAUUGAUCUUCGCCAUGCCAAGCGUGCUGGUGCUCAGCAACUGCUCUACGGCUGGAAGGUCGAGCGCCACAUCGACAACGGCGAUGUCAUUCUGUUCAACCGUCAGCCUUCGCUUCACAAGGAAUCUAUGAUGGGUCACCGCGUUCGUGUUAUGCCCUUCUCGACUUUCCGUAUGAAUCUUUCGGUCACAUCGCCCUAUAACGCCGAUUUCGAUGGUGACGAAAUGAACUUGCACGUCCCGCAGAGUGAGGAGGCUCGCGCAGAACUUUCGGAACUUGCUCUUGUUCCGAAGAACAUUGUAUCCCCCCAGCGCAACGGUCCUCUUAUGGGUAUUGUCCAGGAUACUCUUUGCGGUAUCUACAAGAUUUGCCGUCGUGACGUCUUCCUCACCAAGGAUCAGGUCAUGAACAUCAUGCUGUGGGUGCCAGAUUGGGAUGGUGCCAUUCCUCCUCCCGCCAUCCUGAAGCCUCGUCCGCGCUGGACUGGAAAGCAGAUGAUCAGUAUGGCUUUCCCCACUGGUCUCAACCUUCUGCGUAUCGACAAGGACAGCUCGCCACUCUCCGAGAAAUUUAGCCCUCUCAAUGACGGUGGCUUGCUGAUCCACGGCGGCCAGCUCUUGUACGGCAUGCUCUCGAAGAAGACCGUCGGUGCCAGCGGUGGUGGUGUCAUCCACACCAUUUUCAAUGAGUAUGGACCGGACACCGCUGUGAACUUCUUCAACGGUGCCCAGAGAAUCGUGAACUACUGGCUUCUGCACAACGGCUUCAGUAUCGGUAUCGGUGAUACGAUUCCCGAUCGAAACACCAUUGACAAGAUUGAGGAGGCAGUCCGCGAGCGCAAGAGGGAGGUCGAACAGAUCACCGCUAGCGCCACUGACAACACUCUGGAAGCUUUGCCUGGUAUGAACGUUCGUGAAACCUUUGAGAGUAAAGUUUCCCGUGCUCUUAACAACGCUCGUGACGAGGCUGGUGCCGCCACCGAAAAGAGUCUGAAGGAUUUGAACAAUGCCAUCCAGAUGGCGCGCUCUGGUUCGAAGGGUUCCACCAUCAACAUUUCUCAGAUGACUGCAGUUGUGGGACAACAGUCCGUGGAAGGAAAGCGCAUUCCUUUUGGUUUCAAGUACCGCACUUUGCCGCACUUCACCAAGGACGAUUACUCUCCCGAAUCCCGUGGUUUCGUCGAGAACUCGUACCUUCGUGGUCUGACUCCUACUGAGUUCUUCUUCCACGCUAUGGCUGGUCGUGAGGGUCUGAUUGAUACUGCUGUCAAGACUGCCGAGACUGGUUACAUUCAGCGUAAGCUGGUCAAGGCUCUGGAAGAGGUCAUGGUCAAGUAUGAUGGUACUGUCCGCAACUCUCUGGGUGAUAUUAUCCAGUUCAUCUACGGAGAGGAUGGUCUUGACGGUGCGCAUAUUGAAAACCAGCGAGUUGAUAUCAUCCGAUGCUCGGAUGAGAAGCUUAGGGAACGCUUCCGGGUCGAUGUCAUGGACCCAGAGCGCACUCUUGGCCCAGAAGUAUUGGAGCAAGCCAACGAGAUUGCAGGCGAUGUGGAAGUGCAGAGAUACUUCGAUGAGGAGUGGGAGGCGAUUCUCAAGGACCGCGCUUUCCUGCGCACUGUUGCUAAGGAGGACGAGGAGAUGAUGCAGCUGCCCAUCAAUGUGCAGCGUAUUCUGGAGAUGGCUCGUACCACCUUCAGAAUCCGCGAGGGCACUAUCAGCGACCUCCACCCUGCCGAGGUCAUUCCUCAAGUCCAAGAUCUUCUUGACCGCCUGGUGGUUGUUCGUGGCGAUGACCCGAUCUCGCGCGAGGCCCAAGAGAACGCGACCCUGCUGUUCAAGGCUCAGCUUCGUAGCCGUCUCGCCUUCCGCCGUCUUGUCACAGACUACUCGCUCAACAAACUCGCAUUCCAGCACGUUCUGGGUGCAAUUGAGAGUCGAUUCGCUCGCGCCGCGGCCAAUCCUGGUGAGAUGGUCGGAGUUCUUGCCGCGCAGUCUAUCGGUGAGCCGGCUACUCAGAUGACUCUGAACACUUUCCACUUUGCUGGUGUUUCGUCCAAGAACGUCACUCUUGGUGUGCCUCGUCUGAAGGAAAUUCUCAACGUUGCUACCAACAUCAAGACUCCGUCUAUGACCGUCUACCAGGAAAGUCACAAGACAGGUGAUAAGGAGGGUGCCAAGCAGCUGCGCAGUGUGGUCGAGCAUACCAGCUUGCGCUCCGUGACUGAGGCAACUGAGAUCUAUUACGAUCCUGACAUUCAGUCUACCGUCAUUGAAAACGAUCGGGACAUGGUCGAGUCCUACUUCAUCAUUCCCGAAGAUGCCGGCGAAGACAUUGCUCACCAGUCCAAGUGGCUGCUCCGUAUCAUCCUCAGCCGACCUCAGCUGCUGGAUAAGGGACUUACUGUGCAGGACGUUGCCUCGAAGAUUAAGCAGGCCUACCCUCGUGACAUUGCUGUCAUUUUCAGUGAUAACAACGCCGACGAGCAGGUCAUCCGUAUUCGUCAGAUCCAGGACCACAAGGAUGACGAGGACGAUGAUGAUGUCGAGUACGACGUGACACUGAAGAAGCUGGAGCAGCACCUUCUCGAUACCCUGACUCUCCGUGGUGUUCCUGGUGUUGAGCGUGCUUUCAUCAACGAGAAGAGCAAGGUGCGCGUCCUUGAGGAUGGCACCCUCUUCACCAGCAAGUCGGACCCCCUCUGCAAGGAAUGGGUCCUUGAAACCAGUGGCUCCUCGCUCGCGCCAGUUCUUGCGAUCCCUGGUGUUGAUGCUACUCGCACCUACUCUAACCAGUUCAUCGAGAUUUUCGAGGUCUUCGGUAUUGAGGCUGCUCGUACUGCUGUGCUCCGUGAGUUGACUCAGGUGUUGGCCUUUGACGGUUCCUAUGUCAACCAUCGUCACUUGGCUCUUCUUGUCGAUGUCAUGACCGUCCGCGGCUACUUGACCCCCGUCACCCGUCAUGGUAUCAAUCGUGCCGACAACGGUGCGCUCAUGCGCUGCUCGUUCGAAGAGACCGUGGAAAUUCUGCUUGAAGCAGCCGCUUUCGGAGAGCUGGACGACUGCCGUGGUGUAUCAGAGAACCUGAUCCUGGGACAGAUGGCCCCCGCUGGAACGGGAGAGUUUGACGUCUAUCUGGAUCAGAGCUUGCUCAACACUGUUGUCUCCAAUAAUGCUCGCUACAUUCCAGACAAUAAGGGUGUUGCUCCAACCGGUGCUUCCACCGAGUACGAUACUGGUUCACCGAUGGCCAGCUCGCCGUACCUGGUGGAGGGCGAUCCGGAUGCAAGCUUCUCUCCCAUCCGCCAGCCCGGCGCAGAGACCCCUGGAGGCUUCAGCAAGUACCAGCCAAAUGCGGAUGGCUAUGGUGGAUUCAGCCCGGGGGCGCGCAGCCCCGGUGGUUACUCCCCAACCAGCCCCUUCAAUACCAGCCCGACGUCUCCUGGGUACUCGCCAUCCUCGAGUUAUUCGCCCACGUCUCCUGGUAUGGGUAACUUCGUGACUUCUCCAGGCUUUUCGCCUUCGAGCCCGACCUUCAACCCGACGUCUCCGGCAUACUCGCCCACGUCGCCUGCUUAUGGAGCGUCGCCCACGUCUCCAUCCUACUCUCCCACUUCGCCAGGGUUCUCGCCCACUUCGCCAAAUUAUAGCCCGACGUCCCCAAGCUUCAGCCCCGCUUCCCCGGCUUUCAGCCCGACGUCGCCCAGCUACAGUCCCACGAGCCCAGCUCUUGGUGGCGGCCGGCACUUGUCUCCUACGUCGCCUACUUCACCCAAGUACACUCCUACUUCGCCUGGGUGGUCUCCUACUAGUCCCCAGUCUUACUCCCCGACCUCACCCAACUUCUCUGGCUCCCCGACGUCGCCUGGCUACAGCCCGACUUCUCCGGCUUAUAGCCCUACGUCUCCUCGCCAGUGAAGCUCGGUCAUGUAUCAUCACCAAAAAAAACCCGAUAAAGCAAAAGAUUUUCAUACUUGACAUGGGC